AGUGAGGUUAUGUGGCAUUUGUUUUGAUGCAAAUUUUGUGGUGACUUGACAAAUUUUUCUCGUGGUGUUUUUUCCUUUUGAUUUUCUUGAGGUUUUCUCUGUAAAUAAAUUUUUAAAAAAUGGAAGCAUUGGAGCUGUAUGAAUUGUCACAGCAGGAUUUUCAUGAAUUGGAAAUAUUGUUGGGUGAGAAGCCGGAAUAUGCUAAGAAAAAAGACAGCAAUGAGAGAUCUCUGCUUCACUGGGCUUCAUUGGCUGGUCGAGAUCAACUAGUGAAGCUCCUUCUGACCAUGAAUCCAGGUCUUCUCAGCGAAAGGGAUGACACAAAUGCCAGUCCUUUAAUUCUGGCCGCUCUCGGCGGGAGAUUGGACGUGAUGAAGAUUCUCGUGGACAAUGGAGCGGAUAUUUCUGAUAAGAACUGGAAUGGACAUUCUUCCCUGCAGUAUGCCUGUUCGAAGGGCUUCAAAGACAUCGUGGAGUAUUUGCUGGACAAAGGGGCUGACGUCAAUGUUCGUGACGAUCGCAAUGAUACUUGUCUCCAUCGGCUGGCUUCCACUGGACGCAAGGACAUCAUGGAGAUGCUCAUUAAGGGCCCUCAGCGAAUAGAUAUCGAUGGUCAGAAUGCUGAAGGUGAUACACCUCUUCACCUAGCCUGUCAGGAAAAAAAUCUGGACUGUGUGGCUCUUCUGGUUGAAUCCGGAGCCUCUGUUCACAUUCUCAACAAAGCCAAGAAGUCUCCCCUGGACUACUGCAGCCUCCAACUCCGUCGAGAAAUCCUUGAUAAACUGAAUCUGGCAGAAACACCUGCAUCAUCUUAACUGGGAUUUUAUGUACUUUCUUCUUUUUUAAUAAUUAUCAUCAAAUAAAUAAAAUGUUAAGGAAUAA